AUGCUCUAUGGAAGGGUGCAAACAAUUACUCUGGAGGAGGUUCGAUCUCUGAUUAGAGCCAAAGAACUUCAGAGGAAGCAUGAUAGGGACAAGGAAGUCAGCGGAGACAGUCUUAUUGUCAGAGGAAGAUCGGACAAGAAAGAUUCAAGAAAUGGUCGGUACAGAUCAGGGUCAAGCAAGGAUGGCGGGAAUCAGUCAUCAAGGGGAUCUUUUAAGUGCUAUCAUUGUCACAAAGACGGUCAUUUCAAGAGGAACUGCCCCGACAGGAAGAAUAAGUAUCAAGAAGAGCCAGAAGAAUCAGGAGAAGCAAGCGUAGUCUCUGAUGACUACGAUUCUGCUGAGGCCCUGGUGAUCACAGAAUCUAAAUCCAAAAAAAGAUCUGACAAUGUUAAAAUACUCCUCCUAGUUUUUAUCACCAUAGUAAUUUUCUCUGAAAAUUUAACAUUUAUAUAUAUUUUUACAGAAAGUAAGAAGCAUAGAGCAGUAGCUGAAGAGAUUUUAAAGAUGGGCAAUGGAAAUCCGACUACUAGAGUCUUCUCCUUUGCAGAAUUAUGCUCUGCAACCCAAAACUUUAAAUCAGAUUGUUUGCUUGGUGAAGGUGGAUUUGGAAGAGUGUACAAAGGCCAUCUUAAAGACACAAAUCAGGAUAUUGCAGUCAAACAGCUUGACAGAAAUGGACUUCAAGGAAAUAGAGAGUUCCUUGUUGAAGUAUUAAUGUUGAGCCUUCUUCACCACCCAAACCUUGUCAACCUACUUGGAUAUUGUGCUGAUGGAGAUCAAAGAAUUUUGGUUUAUGAAUAUAUGCCAAUGGGUUCUUUAGAGGAUCAUCUCCUGGAAUUGCCACCAAACAAGAAGCCAUUAGAUUGGAAAACAAGGAUAAAGAUAGCCCAAGGUGCAGCAAAGGGCCUGGAAUACUUACAUGAAAUAGCAAAUCCACCGGUGAUAUAUCGAGAUUUCAAAGCAUCAAAUAUUCUUCUCGAUGAGAACUACGAACCAAAGUUAUCUGAUUUUGGCUUGGCUAAGGUUGGUCCCAUUGGGGACAAAAGUCAUGUGUCCACUAGAGUGAUGGGUACUUAUGGCUAUUGUGCACCGGAGUAUGCCAUGACUGGCCAACUAACAACAAUGUCAGACGUGUAUAGCUUUGGUGUUGUGUUCUUGGAAAUAAUAACGGGAAGGAGAGUAAUCGAUACCUCCAGGCCUUCAGGAGAGCAAAAUCUAGUGCAAUGGGCAGAACCACUUUUCAAAGACAAAAAGAAAUUUGUGGAGAUGGCAGAUCCUUUGCUUGAGGAAAAGUAUCCCAUAAAAGGGCUAUACCAAGCUCUUGCAGUUGCAGCAAUGUGCCUUCAAGAAGAAGCAUGCACUCGUCCCCUCAUAACCGAUGUCGUGACCGCUCUCGAAUAUCUUGCUCUCCCUAAGCUCGACCUAGAUAAAUCGAAGGAAAGGGGGAAAGAAGAGGAUAUUAACAAGGAGAAAGAAGAGGACUCUGUGCAGUGACCAAUAAUGAAUGAGAAAAUGAACAUAAAUACAUUGUUUAAUUUGAUUGAGUACCUUUAUGUGCUGUAAAUUGAUAUUAUUCAAGGGAUGAUAC